AUGUCCUUUUUCGGCUUCGACACGUCGCUGCCUAGGGACCGCCAAGGUCACUCGACCAAUGCGCCUGGUUUCGGCCAGACUCCCGACCCGUGGGCGGGCCUCUCCAACAGAGCUCAAGGCGCCGAAGACGAUGCCAUUGACUUCGACGACACGUACGACGGCCUGGGCGACCAGCUUGACGAGACUGACGAUGCCUUCAACGACGACACGUUCGGCGAAGAGCCUGCAUCCCAGGCAGGCGUCGGCAGAGACUUUGACUUUUCCGGUCAGACCGCCAUGAUGGCCGGUACAAUCCACGAAGAGCAAAUGCUGUACACGGCCAGACAGCCGCCGACGAAGGAGCAGAUGCCCAAGUCCCAGCCCUCAAAGUCUGGCUACGAAAGCUAUGCUCACCCCGGCUACAUUGGAAACCUGGAGGCCAAUGCCGACAUCUGGGGUCUGCCCAAGAAAUCUACCCCGGUCCAGGAUAACCACCGUUACCAGAACCAGCCUGCUGCUGCUCCCCCUGCUAGGAAAAUCAUGAGCUUGGAGGAGGUUGAGGCUGCUAUGCUUGCCCAGAGCAAGCCUAUGGCACCGCCCGUCACACAGCCUUCUCCACAGCCCCAGAUUCCACCUGGAUUCCCUCAGCAGAUGCCCCCAGGGUUCAUGCAGCCUCCCGGAUUCGGUGCACCACCCCAGGUUAUGCAGCGACCUCAGCAGUUUGUCCAGCAGCGGCCUCCGUCUGUUCCCCAGCAACAGAUGCACGAACUCCCCGGUCAUGGUAUCCCGCAGCAGCCCCAGAUCCUGCAGCGUCCGCAGCAACAGCACACUCCUAGGGCGACACCCCCUCAACUGCAGCAAAUGCACCAGCCUCCGCACCAGCCCCGCCAGAUCUUGCAAAACCCGAACCGUCUCUCCGGUCAAGGCCAGCCAAUAGCUCAGGCUUUCCACCGCAUGCCACCCACUGGCCCUGCCCACGUUCGUGGUCCAUCUUAUCAGGGUCAGGUCAUCACACACCCUGAGCAACUUCUUCGUCUCUCGGACGCGGAUCGUGCUGCGUUCCUCGAAGAGGAUGCCAGGCGCGCGAAGAGGAUCCACAAGAUUCACAUGCUCUCCAAGGACAAUGGCCUUAUGACUCCCCAGGACAAGAACUUUAUCACACGCAUCCAGCUGCAACAGCUGGUCACUGCUACCGGAAACGCCGAUGAACAGGGCCCAGAGGCCUCUUUGGCGGAAGACUUUUACUAUCAGGUUUACUCGCAGAUCCGGGGUGCCCCGCGCCAGAACCCCCAGCAACCGGCAAACCAGUUCGCGCAAACGUACCUCUUCCAGACCGGCGGGCGUUAUGGUGCCGGUCGUCGCCACCACCGCGGUGGCGACAACCACGUUCAGCGCAUGGAGCAGCAAGUCCAGCGUGCUGUUGAGGCUGCCAAAGCGAAGCCCAAGAACAAGCAGCUCGUCAUCGAGGGCAGUCUGGGAAAAAUCUCGUUCAGCAACGCUAAGACCCCUAAGCCUCUGUUGAACAUUAAGAAGCCUGAAGGCGAUGCGCGCCCUGGUGGUGCUCGCCGCCCAAGCAGGAAUGCCGAUGCCGCCGACAGGAAGGCAUCUUUGAGGGACAUUGAAAAUGUCUACAACACGCUGAUGCAGAUGGAAGACCAUGAACGCAGCAUGCCUCCUCCGCUGCACGACGGCAGCAGUCCUGAAGAAAUUCAGUUGCACAUGGAAUGGCGUCAGAAGAUUCAGGCUUUGAACCAGAAGUUGUGGCAGGGUCUCAAGGUCAUGGAACCCAUCAUGCCAAACGCUGCCGUGCCUCACCCAUUCAUGGCUAUUCUCUCCCACCCCAAGGGUAAGAAGGCCAUCCCGCGUAUUUUCCGCCACAUCGACGAGCAGCAGCGCGUCACCAUCCUCACCAUGCUUGUUGUGCAACUCGACACUCUUGAUGUUGUCCAGCACGGCGCUCCGGUUGACCAAUUGACGCCGCUGCCGCGCCAGGUCAAGGAAGAGAUUGAGCUUUUUGCCAUGGCCGUCAUGCCGUGCCUCUUUGCGUACGUCAACGAGGCGCCCCUGAACAUCGUCAUUGGUCUCCUUGGUCUCGUGCUCGAGCGCACGAACGUUGCCUUCUUGUGUCGCACUAAGAUUGGUCUGUCUAUCCUCACCAUGUUUGUCUCUCGCGCGGAGUUGGUCAAGCAAAGCACGCCGCCCACGCCGCAGACAAUGGCGGACCUGCAGCAGAUCGAGUCGCUCUACAACCGCCUCUUCGAUGCCGUUGAACCCAUGCUGCCCUACAUCUUCCCCGGCAGCGUCAAGGAUGAUGAGGACAUCUAUGUGUGGCAGUUCCUUGCCGCCAUGGGAGCCGGUGCAUCUGCGGAACAGCAGCAGAGGCUCGUCUUGGGCGUCAAGGACCGCGUCAUGGACACGGUCAACGUCUGCAAGGCGCUGCCAAAGGAGAUGGCUGCGACGCGCUUGGGCCAUGUCAACCUGUUCAUGCGCGCCAUCGGCUUGGACGUCGAGCUGCUCGGCUGA